UGGGUGUGACGAAAAACACAAAGGCGACGACAAAUACAAUACAAGCAAUUGUCAUUAGUUUUUUUGAGAACGAUGUUGUGACGACGACGAAUAGUCAGAGGAAAUGACGAAUUGUGAAAAAGACGAAAAGUAAAAUUCUUUAAUAAGAGAAUUUCAACAAUUCGCAAUCAAAAAAGUCUUGUACAUAAAUUCCCGCAUCUAAAGUUCGUUUGUUAGCGCAUUCAAUAUGGUUUUCAAUAUUUUAUUCAAGGAUCGUGUUACAAAGCCUCAAAAGAAGAUGCUUAUCACUUUGCUGAGAGAAACUAAAUUUAUGGAGGGCAAAAAGGAGAAGGAGUGGUAUUGGGAGAAGAUACAAGAGACCUUAAAUAAAAUUGGCCCCAAAAAGACUAUUAUACAAUGGAAAAAGUGCUGGCGGGAUAUGCGUUUAACUACUCGCAAAAAAUUGGCUGAAUUGAAACGUUGCCAAAUGGGUGGAAAUUCGCCCCCGCCCGGUAUUGAGUUAAGUCAAGAAGACAAUGACAUUAUCGAUAUUGUAGGCACGGAAUACUUCUAUGAAGAGAUGAAUGGUGAACUAAAACCAGAGAAUUUCAUGUCUGGUUUUGAUUAUGUGCCCGAACAUUUUUGUGAUGCCAUACUUACAGCCGCGGCUGUGUCCAGUGGUCAGCAGCACAUGCAGCAUCAGAAGGAGCAACAACAUACUUCUCAACAGCAGCAAGAUCAUCACACUAAUGAUGGAGAAACUAGCGACGCGCCCGGAUCUUCGAAUCAUACUGACACACAGGGUGGUGGCUUUCCGCAAGGCAAUGUUGGGCAAAUGUCAGGACAUAAUGGUGACCAUACCAAUACCACUGGUUCGCUACAACAGCAUAAUCUAAUGCCCCAGCACCCUGCAUUUACAGGUGGUCUGCAUCCUCAUUUAAUGCGCCGUCAACAUGCCGCUGCAGCUUUGCAGCGUGAAUCGGCAUUCGAAGAAAAGUUAUUACAAUUUAUGCAAGACGCCUUUCCUAAAAAAAGUAAAAAACGUAAAAAUCGAGAUCCUGACAAAUUAUUUCUGCUCUCGUUGUACGACGAAAUCAAACGAGUGCCCGAGGAUAUACGACUGGACGUGAAAGCGGAACUGAUACAGGUAUUGAAAAAAUUUCAAAAAAAGAUACCAAUGAAGCCAGAGAAAACCCACCAUUCCCAUGGCCAAUCAUCGUCCAGUUCUAGUAAAUCCUCUGGAGGAUCUACACCUACCGACAAGCCCUUAUCACUGCCACAACAUGGUCAAUUGUCGCAUGGGUUGUAUCAGUUACCGAAAAAAUACGACAAAAAUGAGAAAGAACCCUCGCCACAAUCUCAGGUGGAUCGUGUACAACAUGCCCGCGAACAAGCUACGACCAGCGUAUCACUCCAUGCGCCGCAAAUACCACAUCCUUUGUUUCAAAUGCAGAAAAAAUAUGAUGAGGGCGCAGCUGAAAAGGUCCAUCAACAAAAUGAGCAACGCAAACAUGUUGAAACGGCUCAUCAACAGCAUCAGGCUGCUCAUCAGCAGCCACCACCACCACCGUCAAAUGAGCAGCAGCACCUGCACCAUACGCAAAUGCCACACGGCAUUAUGUUUCCGUUACCACAAAUACGUGGUAAUGAGCAGCCCGGUGCUCCGCAACAUCAUACCCAUAAUCCCCACCAGCAAGCUCAAGCUCCACAACAUCCUCAUCAGCAGGCUCAGCAGCAUCAUCCACCACCGAUAUUUGGGAAUUCAACAACCUCUACGACGGGCAUGAGUACAGAUCGUCCUGCUAUGGCGUACGAGAACGUUGGAUGAAUGUGGAGUCGAUUAUGGGAAGCCGCUUGGGAGGCCAGAUUUCCUGUGUUAUCAUCGGUUUUAGAGCAGAGUGAUUCGUGUUAAACUCUCUUUUUCUUUCUUUCUCACUUCUUCUAUCGUGCAAUAAAUUAACCGGUAAAAUGGUUUAUUUUUUGCAGAUUGGGCUCUCUAAUGCUGCGGCGGCUAAAAAAAAAAGAAAUACAAUAAUACUUUUUAUGAAUAUUAGUUGAUAACGAUACAAAAAAA